AUGAACUCUGGUGCUGGUGCGGUGAAGGGUAGGAUAUUCGAUCUGGCUGUUCAAGGUCCUUUAAGUCGCCCAUUGCGCGAAAGUUCUUCUUUCGUUGCUUUUGCCGAUAACGCGCAAACAUCUCCAGUGCUAAAUCGCUUUCUCGGAACACAAUCUUCUGAUUUGCUUGAGACACGACUUUCGGAUUUUGUUUCUAAGCUUCACAGCUACCAGCAGAGUUGGGAGGGCGAGGGAAAACGUCAAUGUCCCGGUCCUCAAGACCAAGAAGGGUUAGGGGAUCAGGACUCGAUGUCGCAGAGGCCUUCUGCGUCUCGUCCUGCAUCUCGCUCACCAUCACAAAGUCAAAAGAUUACUCUCCCACCAGUACAGGUGCGAGAUGAUCCUCGACAUGGAGGGCGACAAGCAGACAGACAAACAGAGCAGGACAACCGAGGUUUGCAACAGCUUCGUCAUACAUUACCAUCCCCUUCAUCGCGGACUCUUCACUCUGCAUCAACUGGCGAGGACUGGAGGUCCUUUGGACCAUCCCGCGAUCUUGGUGUACAUUCAAUUUUGAACCCGACAGAACCUGAAAGCGCAUCAGAUUCCAUUCGCCGACUGAGUGUUAGCACUACAGACUCACCACUCUCUACUACAACCAGGCCAACUUCACAUUUUGGCGCAAGCCCUUUGGUGGCAACUACUCAUCCUUACCCCAAUCGCCCCCCCAUUAGCACUUCGCCUUCAUUAGAUAGUUUUAAUCCAAAUUUCCCAAGGGGCCCAGCCCGCAGAAUGCUAACCCCCAGAUCACCUCGACCUGCUAGUAUAGGUAGAGCACCGGCUCACGGGACUAUCAAUGCACAAGAGUCUCCCUUUCUACCCUCCAGAAGGCCAGAGCUAGGGCAAACUCCCAUUUCAGAGAUCCCCUCUAUACCGACGCCGCCCGGGCAAAUUCAGACUCAGCAUUAUGGAUUUCCUCCCACAGGUACAACGCCUGUUGAUCGACGUGCAGAUACUUCUCAGAUGCAAGCUCCAGGACGUGGAAAACAUAGCGCUAGUCCUAGCAUCUCAGCAUCUUCUCAAACGCCGAGCCAGACUUCUCCCGCGUCCGGUUAUCCUUAUCAUCAGAGUGGACAGAAUCCGCAGACAAGUGGGUCUUAUUUUCCAGGUUCGAGUUUUGGUUCUUCAGUACAGCAAGGGAGUGGAUUACAAUUACAAGCACCGCCUGCGGCAUCAGAAGGUCCGUACACUGCUUCUCAGAUUGGCUCCUCACUCCACUCCAAUACAAGCUCAAGGCAGGCUUCUGCCUCAGAGCCCUACGGUGUCCUGACAAUAACCACGGCCCACGGCGUGGCUUAUCAUGUACCCGUGGACACGCACCAAGCAUCGCGUUUAGCUGACGAGAAGCGUGCGCGCAACGCAGGAGCAUCCGCCCGUUUUCGACAACGCAGAAAGGAAAAGGAGAAGGAGGCUUCAUCCAACAUCGAAAAACUUCAAUCACAAACUAGAGAUUUGGAACGAAGAGUGAGAGAUGCCGAAGGAGAGAGGGAUUUUUACCGAGGAGAGAGGGACCGAUUCCGGGACAUGUUGCUUCGAAACCCUGGAACAAGAGAUAUGGCUCUUCAUGGGCCGCCGAGUCCUCGUCCCAUAAGGCCAAUGUCUUAUCCCGGUCCUCCUCCACCUAGCGGACCGCCAAUGAGCUUCCAAGGUCCUGAUAGCGGUGAGAGACCACCAAGGCGUCGAAGAACUGAUGCACAGGGUGACUUUAUGAAUGUCUCAUACUCGCACUCUCCAGCGUCAACUCUAGCACCCGUCCAAACUGGCUUUCCAUCUUCCCAUGGUCAAGGACCACCUAGCCUACCACCUCUACGAAUCGAUAAUCCUUUAACAGGCUCAACUACAGGAGUAUCGACUCCAUCGAUAUCGGCCGGCCCCCCUUCAUUCGAUUCGUAUUCGCGAGGGCCAUACGACCGAGCAUGGCCCAAACAAGAAAGUGGCGGACGAAGAUAA